AAAAAAAAAAAUUAAUAAUUAAUAAGAUAAACCAAAACUCAUUUAAUACCUAUUUUUUUUUAAGUGAAAAUGGCAAAUUCACUUUUGGCCGCAGCACUAAGUGCUGUAACGCAUCGUUCGGUUAUUACUUAUGAUGAUUAUUCAAACGGAGGAUAUGAUGGAUGCUCUCAAUUGGAUCAAAAGGCUCUUCAUCAAUCUCAUUUAAUUGGCGGUAAAGUGCCAACAUUUAAUGAGGUUGUUAAUUCAGGUCCAUCGAAUUUUGACACUAUAAGAACAAUGUCUUUUAAUAGUAAUCGUAAUCAGCACGACGAUCAAAAGUGCGUGUACGUUAAAACAUUAACUGGAAAAACUAUAACAAUUGAAGUCGAGUUUAGUGAUACAAUUGAUCAAUUAAAAACAAAAAUUACUGAAAAAGAAGGUAUACCACCAGAUCAACAAAGAUUAAUUUUUGCUGGUAAGCAACUUGAAGAUGGCCGUACUUUAAGUGAUUACAAUAUAUGUGAUGAGUCCACGCUACAUUUAGUAUUAAGAUUAAGGGGUGGCUAUCUUCCCCCUUCUACUGCUUUAUUUAUUCAUCCGGAUAUGCUUGCACCAACGUACGAUUAUGAUUUUACGCAAGUAGAUGAUAAAGGUGUAACUUUUAUGCGAGGAAAUUUUGAGUAUAAGCGACCUUGUGGCUGGAAAAGAAUUGCUCUAAAUGUUCUUAAUAAAUAUGAAGAUAAUAUUUGGCUCGGGGUUGAUGGGAGUACUAGACAAUCUAUAACAAAUUCAGUACAAAAUGAAUGGCCAGUUUCAUAUCAUGGAACUGCCAGGAAUAACUGCAAAUCAAUUGCUGAAGAUGGGUAUCUCUUGUGUAAGAGUAAACGAUUCGCAUUUGGACAUGGAAUUUAUUCUACUCCAGAUAUUGAUGUUGCAUAUUUAUACGCUACUGAAUUUACUCAUGAAGGAAGUAAUUAUAAAAUCGUGUUUCAAAAUAGAGUUAAUCCAAACUGCUUAAAUAGGGUUUCGAAGGAAGAAACUGGAGUUGGUGAAUAUUGGAUUUCACCAAAUGAAAGUGAUUUGCGUCCUUAUGGUAUCUGUAUUAGGAAAGAAAAUUAAUUAACUCAUAGUUAUGUAGAAUAUUUUUUUUUUCAAAAAUCAUUAUUAUAAAUCAUUAUUAUUUUUAAAAGUUAUCAAAAUUAUGAGUUGAAUUAAAAAAUGAUUAUGUAUAAAUCAAGAAUAUUUAAUAAAUAAAAUACUUUGUGUUCUGAGUGUGCCAUA